CAAAAUAAAACAAAGUUUUUUUUCAUAAUUGCUUCAAAAGAAAAAUUUCCCUUCUCACUCCCCAUACCCUUAAAAAUAACCCUUGAAACUCAAACUGAUAAAAAGAAAAAAAUACUAUUUUCUCUAAUAAUUUUAAAUUUAAUCAAGUUUCAGCUAAAGCUUUUCAAGUUUAGUCUUAAAUAAUGAAAGUACACUUUCGGGAACAGUAUGGCUCUAAGGGUGAAGAGUUUCUUUAUGUCACGCCGGUAGAUGCCGAAAAUUUCCCUGAGAAUCAUCAAAUUGUAAGAGUAACAAUUAAUGGUAAAAAACCAGCUAUAAGCAGUAAAGGAUUCUUCUUGAUUAGAAUACUUCAAAAAGCUCUCCUUCCCCAUGGUUACCCUGACUCUGUCUCUGAGGACUAUUUCGACUAUCAGAAGUGGGACACAUUACAAGCUUUCGCAAGCACAAUAACAGGUUGCUUAGCCACACACUCGGUGCUCAAAGGUCUUGGAGUUGGUGACGAAACAUCGACUGCACUUUCAGCUACAAUUACUUGGAUUCUUAAAGAUGGCGCAGGACAUCUGGGGAGAAUUUUAUUUGCUUAUUGGAAAGGGAACGAUCUUGACAGAGAUUCCAAAAAAUGGAGGCUACGAGCUGAUGUUUUAAAUGACGUGGCUAUGACAAUUGAACUUUUCUUACUGCCCUAUUAUUCAAAACAUUCUGUUUACAUUUUAUGUUUAACAACAAUGAUGAGAUCAUUGGUUGGUGUUGCUGGUGGUGCAACAAGAUCGGCUAUGACACUUCAUCAUGCAAUCCGAAAUAACAUGGCUGAUGUUGCAGCCAAAGAUUCAGCUCAGGAGACUUGUGUCAAUCUUAUUGGAUCAUUUGUAGGAUUAUUUUUGCUCACAGGCAUUUCAAGUCCAUUGUGGCUUGCAGCAAUAUUUUUCCUCAUGACAUGCAUUCAUAUCUAUGCUAACACAAGAGCUGUGAAGUCAGUCUGCUUAAAAACAUUUAACGAAGCUCGAUACUUAAUUGCUCUCGAGGAAUAUUUUCGUAACGGAUCGGUGCUUCCUCCGAAAGUUGUAAAUCAAUUGGAACGAGUUACGAUUGGACAAACAGUAUCGUUGGCAGUUCAAGUGAAGUUGGGAUGUUCAGUGAAAGAUUUUACAGAGCAGAUUCGAAAUCGUUAUGAAAUUGAAGAUCUUAUCGCAUGUUUUGAAACGAGAGACAAAUUUUUAAUCGCUGAAACAAAAGGCUACGUUGGAGUUUAUCUUCAUUACGAUAUCAAGCCUCAUGAAAUAUUAAGAGCUUAUUUCUUUGUUGCUUCAUAUCUUCAAGAUCGGUCACAAAUACGCGAUAAUUAUUGGGAAGUUCAGGCAAAAUGGAGUGAAUUUCUGAAUCUCGCACAACUCGCUGGUUACAAUGUCCAUUCGCAUUUGUUGAAUGUUGAUGAAUAUCGAUGUGAUUGGAGAUUCAUAUAGAGAUGAUCUAGAGCUUCAUCAUCGGUUCGUACUCAAUCUUCGAUUCCAACGAAACGAUGUUCAUCAGCUAAUUCCGAUCAUCCAAGAUAUACGAUACGAUGAUAUCACAAUUCAACACUUUUAAAAGAUUCCCAGAUAAAAAGCAAGUUCUCCAUAAAUCGUAAGUAAACCUUAAUACCGAAUGGAAUACUUCAAACAUCCGACUGUUUAUAAUAAUAACAAAGUAUAUUUUAUCGUAUUCUUGUCAAUCAUGAUUCAAAUAUUUCAAUGAAAAACACUUUAAUAACUCUAGUAGGUCAUAUGAUAAAUAUGAAUAAAUUCUUCCGAACCUCAAUGCACUGAUUUUUUCAAAUGUAUCUUCAUAACGUGGAAAGCUAUUUUUGCACAAUUUUUUUCGUCACAAAAUAAUUAAGAACAAAUAUAAACAAUGCAUAUGCUAGUCAGUGCUUUCAAUUUAAAGAGUUAUGAAAUGAAUGAUAUUAGAAGAAAUGCUAUAGCUCGCAUAGUUUCGACAGUUUCUUUGCCUUUGAUAAUUAAAACAUAAAAGAAAAUUCGAGUUUUAAAAGUAAUUAAGAAUAUUUGCAAUGAUUACGUAGCUAAGCACGUUCAACUAAAGCUCACUGAAUUUAUUGAAAACCAUUCCAUUCCAAACGAAACACAUAAAAUAUUCUGAAAAAUGAAAGCUUGCGGCUUUUUUGACAUUUUAAUUAUUAUAAAAUUUAGAUGCCUUUGGCAGUCGCAAAAUUUAACGGAUCUUUAACACGUCCAAAUUGAAAAAUAAUGUUUUGUCACAAUUAAAGCUUAGAUUGAAAAAAUAUUAAUUAAAUCACGUCUGUGAUAAUUGUUCUAACUUUGAUUAAAACUUACAUUCAUUGUUCUAGCUGAAAAAUAUAAAGCAAAAAUGUUCAGCAUGUAAAUUUUGCAUUUAAAUCUUAAUUUUAAGUUUACAAAAGAACUAAUCAUGGAUUAAGUAGCGUGUGGUUUUUACUCACGUUUGUCGAUAG